AUCAUCAACAACAUCUCUGAUGGCGGUGUUUAUCUGGGCGUGUGUGGUGGGGCAAGCUGCCAGCUUCCUCGACGUGUCGGGUGUGGCCUGCGGGCGGGCACAGCUAAGAGCCGGCAGAGUGAAGGGAGGACAAGACGCCAGCCCUGGAGAGUUCCCCUGGCUCGUCUCCAUCAGGGUUGCUGGAGCUAUGAGCGCUCACUACUGUGGAGGGGCUCUAAUACACAAGCGCUUCGUCCUCACCGCCGCCCACUGUGUCCAUAGGAACUCUCCCAAAUACGUUGUGGCUGUGGCAGGUGAACACGACUUCAAUGCCCCCAAUAAUGGCUUUAGGCAGGUCCUGCCAGUGAAGGAUAUCAUCUCUCACGCAGAUUUCUCCAAGAGAUACAUCCACGACAUAGCUCUGCUAGAGCUCGGACAGGACGUCGUGUGGAGUAAAUACGUCCAGCCGCUGUGCCUCCCUGAUCUCAACACCGAUGGCGUCACUGACGCCCUCAACGUUACCGUCGCAGGCUGGGGCAUGACGGACGAGGCUUCGAACGGUGGCCAUCACGUCAACGUGCUGCAGAAGGUGGUGGUGCAGGUGGUGUCCCGCACUGACUGCCAGAGCUGGUACUCCAGCCACGCCGGCAAGGCUGUCGUGCUCUACGACACUCAUCUCUGUGCUGGCUUCGAGAACGGCGAAAAGGACGCUUGUCAGGGUGAUAGCGGAGGCCCCCUGCUGACGGCGCCUGAUAGGGAUGGACGUAUGGUAACGGUUGGAGUGGUAUCAGCAGGUAUCGGCUGUGGGCGACCAAGACUUCCGGGCUUGUAUACUAGAGUAUCCAGGUACAUAGACUGGAUCGCUACUAAUCUCAGGUCGCGAGGAGUGACUGUCACGCUCUAGAAAAAAAAGUCAAUUGCUGUCAAGGUUCGGCAGGACCGGACUUCAACAGGACGAUAUAUAUCGAGAACGAUACCUCACUAUGACCGGAUCUCAAUAGGACUCAAUAGAACCUGAAUAUACCACACGUUGAUUAUAUCUCACCUGAACCAUUCCUCAUCAGAAUCAUAUCUAAUCAAAUCAACAAGAUCAUACCUCGCUGGGACCACUCCUGAGAUUCACGGCGAAGAAGUGCACUAAGAUGGAAUCUUUUAAUCAUUAUCGAUUAUUAAGUUUAGUACGUAUGUCAAGUAGUUCAUUAAUGGUUCAAGAAAUAGUAGAACCAACCCGCACAUUUCUAUAGUACAUUACAUGUCUAAAUAGAAACUUGAUUCUAAAAGCAAGUCGAAAUCCCAGUCAUUUACGAGGUAUGGUUUUCUAAAAAGCUAAUAUUAAAAUUAAUGAUGGUUAAAAAAAGACCCAAUAUAUGUAAAUGUGUAUUAAAAGUUCAAUUUUCGCUUUUGAAUACAUUUAUACAUAUAUAUUGGGUUUUUCUUUCACCGUCACUACGGCAUUGUAGUGAGUUUCCCCACUAAAAUUAAUAUAAACAAAUUUAUAUAUAUUUUUUAAUAUGUAAGAAUUACCGUUACCUCUUCAGUAGGUUUCAUAACAAUAGCCAAUUUUUUUUUAAUAACACAAGUAUAUAUAUUACGCAAAAUUUUAAGAAGUACAUGUACUUUAAAACUAAAAUUAGUAUAUACGUUCAAGGUUAACAUUACUCAACCUGCUAGUCAGUGAACAGUAGUGGUGACAUUACUAUCCCUACCGGGGUUGAUAGGACCUAAGCCCACCAACAAACCAAUGGUUUUCGAAAGCCACGUAGCCUGAGGGAGUUGUAUACUCUUCCUCAAUGUACAUAGUGAUAGUUUACUGCAGUCUUUAGGUACAACUUGUGUUUACUGCUUGGUUAUUAAGAUGUUGUGGUGACCGUAAUAUAACCUCACGAUUGAUAGGUCUCAAGUUCAACGCCAAACCAUGAGCCAAAUUCACGACGCAGUUACGCAAGCACUUACGAACCUGUCCAUCUUUUCUCAAUCUUUGGCGGCUUUGUUUACAAUUAUUAAACAGUUA